AUGCCUCCAAGCCUAUGGAGCACUUCCCAACGGAAGUGCACUGCAGCAGCUUUCCCAGCCGCUGCGGGGAUCAUGGCGUCGGCGCCGGCGGAGAAGGAGAACAGCAAAAACUUCGCGGCCGACUUCCUCCUGGGGGGCGUGUCGUCGUCGGUGUCCAAGACCCUGGCGGCGCCGGUGGAGCGGGUGAAGAUGCUGCUGCAGAACCAGGACGCCAUCAUCAGGGCCGGGAGGCUGUCGGAGCCGUACAAGGGGAUCGGGGACUGCUUCUCGCGCACCGUCAGGGACGAAGGGUUUCUCUCCCUCUGGAGAGGGAACACCACCAACGUCAUCAGAUACUUCCCCACGCAGGCACUGAACUUCGCGUUCAAAGACUACUUCAAAGGCCUGUUCAACUUCAAGAGAGACAAAGACGGGUACCUGAAAUGGUUCGCGGGGAACAUCGCCUCCGGCAGCGCGGCCGGCGCGACCUCCCUGCUCUUCGUCUACUCCCUCGACUACGCGAGGACACGGCUGACCAACGACUACAGAUCCUCCGCGACCAAGGGCGGAGAGCGGCAGUUCACCGGCCUCGUCGAUGUCUACCGCAAGACGCUCCGCUCCGACGGCGUCGCCGGGCUCUACCGCGGGUUCAACGUCUCGUGCGUCGGGAUCAUCGUCUACCGCGGCCUCUACUUCGGGAUGUACGACUCCCUCAAGCCACUGCUCCUCACCGGGGCGCUGCACGACAGCUUCUUCGCGAGCCUGGCGCUCGGGUGGAUGAUCACCACCGGCGCCAACCUCGCGUCUUACCCGCUGGACACCGUCCGCAGGAGGAUGAUGAUGACCUCCGGAGAGGCCGUCAAGUACAGGGGCUCCGUGGACGCCUUUGCGCAGAUCAUCAAGAACGAGGGCGCCAAGUCUCUGUUCAAAGGCGCCGGCGCCAACGUCCUUCGCGCCAUCGCCGGGGCCGGCGCGCUUGCGGGAUACGACAAGCUGCAGAUCGUCUUCUUCGGGAGCAAGUAUGGCUCCUCCGGCGGCGGUGCCUAG